UUCUGCCCGCGGCCCCACCCCGCCGCACCCGAGGCCGCACAGCGUCACAGAGCGCAUGCGUGCCGCGGGGGAUGCCGGGAGCGCGCAGUGGCGGCACCGGCGGCGACAGCAGUCGCAGCGGAGACUACAGCGGGGACGCGAGCGGGGCGGUGACCGUGUGGGAGGUGGUCUCACUCUUGGGGAAGCUGCUGGGUACCGUCGCCGCGCUGAAGGUGGUUCUGUACCUGCUCCGGGUGUGCUUAGCGAUGGCCUGGAAAUCCGGCGGCGCCAGCCACUCGGAGCUAAUCCACAAUCUCCGCAAAAAUGGAAUCAUCAAAACAGAUAAAGUAUUUGAAGUAAUGCUGGCCACAGACCGUUCCCACUAUGCAAAAUGUAAUCCUUAUAUGGAUUCUCCACAAUCAAUAGGUUUCCAAGCAACAAUCAGUGCUCCACACAUGCAUGCAUAUGCGCUAGAACUUCUAUUUGAUCAAUUGCAUGAAGGAGCUAAAGCUCUCGAUGUAGGAUCUGGAAGUGGAAUCCUUACUGCAUGUUUUGCACGUAUGGUUGGCUCUAGUGGAAAAGUCAUAGGAAUUGACCACAUUAAAGAACUAGUAGAUGACUCAAUAAAUAAUGUCAGAAAGGACGAUCCAAUGCUUUUGUCUUCAGGGAGAGUGCAGCUCGUUGUGGGGGAUGGAAGAAUGGGGUACGCCGAAGAAGCCCCUUAUGAUGCUAUUCAUGUAGGAGCUGCAGCGCCAGUUGUGCCGCAGGCACUGAUAGACCAGUUAAAGCCUGGUGGGAGAUUGAUAUUGCCAGUUGGUCCCGCAGGUGGAAACCAGAUGUUGGAGCAGUACGACAAGCUACAGGACGGCAGUGUCAAAAUGAAACCCCUGAUGGGAGUGAUAUACGUGCCUUUAACAGAUAAAGAGAAGCAGUGGUCCAGGUGGAAGUGAUUUUAUCUUCUGCUCUUUCUUCUUCCACACAUGCAAGGGAUGAACUGUAAAAGCGCCAUCAGCUUGACCGGUAUAUAAUAUUACAGUGGAUUGCUCAUCUCAGUCCUCAGAGCUUUUUGAAAACCAACAGCAUCACAGCUUGUUUUGGACUUCGUUACACUAUUAUUUUCAGCAUGAAAAUGUGUGGUUUUGUAGGGUUUCUAGUUCUUCAAAGAGGCACAGAAGCCGAGUUGGUGAAAGAACGAUGCAGAGUAUAAAUUUGUGUAUUAUUACUUUAACACGCCCACAUUUUACUUUAAAAUAUUAAAAGACGGGGUUCCACUAAAUGGAAGACUUAGUUUGUGAAUUAAUUUCGAGGAGUGGUUUUUCUUAGACACUUAAUUCUGUUUCAAUAUUAAUUUAUCAAAAUGCUCUUGUGCAUAUCAGAUAACACCACCGUUCACAAGUUAAGAUUCCUGGUUUUUGGAUGUCUGUUAGCUGCCACUAAGAAAAUAGAGAUGAGCUUCCUUUUUAAAGCUUUUGAUGUGGUGUCAUAGAGUAGCAUGUUGUAGAUACAAUCAGCUGCUUUGUUACCUUAAAACUAAGCAUUUGUAAAUAUUAAAACUUGAGAAGAUGGCAGGUGAUGUCCUUUACCACACUUAGCUGUUCAGAUUGGACGUAACUAACAUAGUUCUUCCUUUCCCUCUUAACAAUUUUAGGAGACUUGUAGCUCAGUAUCGUUUUUUCUGUUUCUAAUUUGCUGCUGAUAAUGUAUAUGAAUUUACCAUGCUGUAUAAGCUGGGGCCCGGUCACUGAACAGUUUAUGCAGUGCUGCUUUGCCAAAUAAAGUUAAAAGUAAAAGAGG